AUGCUGGCUCCAGGAAAAAUGGAAGAAAUAGCAGCUGAACUAAGAAAAUAUGAGGUGGAUGUAGCAGCCAUACAAGAAAUUAGAUGGAAAGAACAGGGAAUUAUAAACAAAAAAGAGUACACCCUCUUAUACUCAGGAAACGAGAAACAAGGGCAAGGUGGGACAGGUUUUAUAGUAAGCAAAAAACUAAAAGAUAAUAUAAUAGACUUUAGGGCGGUAAACGGGAGAAUAGCGUAUUUACGAAUAAAAGCAACCCCCUUUAACCUAUCAGUCUUAAACGUGUAUGCACCAACAGAAAAUGGUGAAGAAGAAGAAAAAGAAAAACUAUAUGAGAAUCUGGAGAAGGAAAUCGAAGGAAUACCCAAGGAAGAUACAACUAUAGUACUGGGGGAUUUUAACGCACAGAUAGGUCAAGAAGAUUACAUAAAACAAGUUGCAGGAAAACAUACAGUACACAAUGUAACAAAUGAUAAUGGAACAAGAUUGUGCAAUUUAGCUAUAAGUACGAAUAUGGUCAUAAGCAGCACCAAAUUCCAGCAUCCGUACCACCACAAAGUGACUUGGAGUGCCCCGGACAACAAAAAAUUCACGCAAAUAGACCAUAUAUUAAUAACAAGAAGGAAACAAAGCUCUGUAAAGGAUGUCCGAACAUUUAGGGGAGCUUGCGCAGAUACGGACCACUUUCUAGUUACAGCAACUAUAAAGCAGAAGGUUAAAAGAUGUAGAAGAGACGCUAAAAAAAAAAAGAAAUGGAACAUUGAAAAAUUGAACCACACAAAUGCAAGAAAAAAAUACAGAGAUACUUUAACAAAAAAAUUAAGAGAACAGACAAAGUCAAAUGAUAUACAAACGGAGUGGGUACAAAUCAAAGACUGUAUAAAAGAAGCAGCAGCAGAACAUGUCGGAAUAAAACAACAAAUAAAGGCUGACAGCAAAAUAAAGGAAAUAGAAAGGGAAAAUAUAAAUAUAAACUCGAAGAAGUUCUAUAAGAGCAUAAAUGAACAAAAUAAGGUAAAUAAAGGGAAGAUAAAAGGCAUAAAGGAUAGCAACGGAAAAGUUACGGAAGAUGAACACCAGUACAAAAUGACAUGGACGCAAUAUUUUAAGGAAAUACUUACAGAUAAAGAAGUACUCCAAGAUGAAGAAUAUCAACAAAUAGAAGAUCUAGAAAAUGCAACCGAAAAUACGGAUGAACCAACAAGAGAGGAAAUCUAUGAAAUAAUCAAUAGAAGCCGCAAUGGAAAAGCACCUGGAUUAGAUGGCAUUAAUAUGGAGCUAAUAAAAUAUGGAGGCUUUGACCUCCAAUAUCGGCUAUAUGAAUUGAUCAAAAAGAUAUGGAUCGAAGAAAAAAUGUCUGAGGAUUGGGAAACUGGUGAAAUUAUUACUAUACACAAAAAAGGGGAUCAACAGAUAUGUAAGAAUUACAGAGGACUCACGCUGCUAAACACCGCAUACAAAAUACUGUCAACACUCAUACAAAAAAGAAUUUCAAAACAAACCAAAACCAUAAUUGGACAGUACCAAACCGGGUUUACAUCUGGAAAAUCUACAAUAGAUGCUAUCCAUACGGUCAAGCAGAUAAUGGAGAAAGCGCAUGAGUAUAAAAUGGAAGUGGAAAUACUCUUCAUAGAUUUUGAACAAGCGUUUGAUUCGAUAAAAAGAAGUAAGCUCAUGUCGGCACUAAAAGAACUGGGAAUACACCCCAAACUAAGAAAACUAAUACAGUGUACAAUGAAGAAAACAACAGUCACAGUAAGGACACAAGUGGGGAACACAGAAGAAUUUGAAAUAAAUCAGGGUGUAAGACAGGGGGAUGCUUUAUCAACGACGCUGUUCAAUUUGGCACUAGAAUAUGUGAUGCGUAAAAUAGACAAGAGAACAAUAAAAACUAGAAGUGGACAAAUAGUAGCAUAUGCAGACGACAUAGCACUUAUCACAAGAAGUCGAAACACAAUGGAAGAAAUGCUAAAGGAAAUAGUACUAGAAGGAAGAACAACCUUAAGUAGUGACGGAAAUAAAGAGGCAGAAGUCAAAGAAAAAACAACAGCAGCUAACAGGGCAUAUUACGGUAACAAAAAACUACUGCAACACAAAAUACUAGGAAAAAGUAUAAAAAUGAGAAUAUAUAAAACAGUUAUUAGACCAGUCAUGAUGUAUGCUGCAGAAACUAUGACUAUGACAAAAAAGCAAGAAGAAGACUUAAGAAUUGUUGAGAGAAAGAUAUUAAGAACAAUAUUAGGACCAGUGAAACUAACAGAAAAUGAGUACCGAAGAAGAAUGAACCAUGAAAUAGCACAAGAAAUUAAAGAGGACAUAGUAAGAAAAAUUAAACAACAAAGAGCAAGAUGGCUGGGACAUGUAUGGAGAGCAGGAGAGGUAACAGUAGCGUACUCAAUAUUAGAUUGGACCCCUGGAAGUGCUAGAAGAAGAGGAAGACCAAGGUCUACAUGGUGGCAAGAGGUAAAAGACGACCUUAAGAGAACUGGGAUGUGUAACUGGCAAGAAAAAACGAAAGAUAGACGAGCCUGGCAGGAUAUGUGCCACAAGAUAUAA